AAAUAAAUGUGCUACGGAACAACCAAAAAUGCUUCCAACACCUCAAUUAUUCUUGCUGCCUCCAACACCCCAUCGGUCCUUCCUACUAGUACCGGUACCGGUACCAGUACCGGCACCUCUAAUCCAAAACCCGAUCUAUUGCUGUGAGAAAGAAGAACCAUGAUGACGCGGCUGCCACUAUUCCUUCUGUGUUGUCUAGUCAUCUUGGUCUUGAUUUUGACAGAAGCAGUAGAGGAACCUCAAAAACGAGGUAUUUCGCUCCCCAAGGGCGUGGGCGAGUACGAUGAACACUUUUUCAACGAUCACGAAAUGUUGCGUCCCAUCUUUGACGCCUUGGUGACCGAAAUGUACAAGCUACUGCCUCGUGGGAAACGACUGUCGUCGGUCUUGGAUGUCGGUUGUGGGACGGGAUAUCUCGUGGAAGCCUGGAGAUCGGAAACUCCCCUCUCCAAAUCCUAUUGUGUCGAAGGGUCUUCCAACGCUGCCCCCCAUUGGCCUGCCAUUUUUGCCCGUCGCUAUUAUCAAACUUUGGACUUGCAGGCACCCACUGCUGUCCAACAAAUCCCCAAAACAGAUGUUGUAACGUCCUUUGAAGUGGCCGAACAUUUGCCACCAUCACAUGCCGAUCGGUUCAUUCAACUCUUGGUCCAUCAUUCUCCCGCUAUGGUCUUUUUUGGUGCCGCCACGCCCGAUCAAGAUCAAGGCAAGAAUCCCUCCCAUGUCAAUGAGAAUACCCUCGGAUAUUGGAUUGACCAGUUUCGUCAUCAGCAGUACAUUAUUGAUUUUGAAGGCACCGCCUUUUUUCGGUACAAUCUCUUGAAGAAUCCCGUUUACGUACAAUAUUUUGGCCAGGCGUGGUGGUAUGUCAAGAAUGCCCUAAUCUUUGUCCCUCAGCGCAAUCAGACCGAUGUUGAUCAAGCCAUAAUCCAUCAUCCCGAAGAGAUCAACUUACUCUCUCCGAACUUUCUCGAUAUUGGGAAGGGCCGUCUGGAACAUUUGUGGAAACGAGAUUGGACCGAGUUUGCCACUUUGUUCUAUCAAGAACAAGACAAGGCGGCAAAGAGAAUAAUAUUGCAAAAACAGCAAGAAUACGAUGACGGAGACGAUGAGUUGUAGAGGACUAUUCACAAUCUACACAGAGAUUUGUUGUUGGGGGAGGAGUAACAACGACAGGCAAGUCCAUAGGCAAAGGGACGCUCCUUCCGUUUCAAUGUUGACUUGCCUUGUAUGGAAUCAACAAUCCGACUUCGGUUUCGGGGAUGUGGGGGGUCGACAAACAACUGGGCAACGUGCGAUAGCAGCGGGUGUGGGCAGCCAGGAUCUUUGUUUCAUCCAAAUUUUAAAGUCGGCAGGUACCAAACGGUGCACACAAGACAUAAAUGGUUUUCCAGCAGGGUGACCAAUGUGGUCUCAUCUUGCCACAUGUUUUGCUCUCUUUCUAGUGCCCAGCUUGAAGUGGCGGUAGAUUAGUCUGCUUGAUUACAGUAGGGUUGCUUGUGCUUCUGAAGCAAGAUUGGCGUAUCCAUUAUUUGAAGCCUCCUCUCCCUACCGGUAGCUUAGCCCCCCACGCACCUCGAGGCAUGAGCUGUGGUGUUGGAAAGCAUGAGUUUCAGGGUACCGUAGAUAACUACAUCGUCUCUAGCUAGAUCCCCGUUCGUUGAGUUUCAGGUUUCGGUACCGGUAUGAUG